UGCCGACGCCCCCCGCGCCCGCGCUCCGCGCCCCGCGCCCCGCGCCCCCGCGCCCCCGCGCCCGCGCCCUUCCGCAUGGACGCGGCGCCGAAGCGCAGCUGCUCCGAGGAGCCGGCCGAGCUGCUGCCGUCGGCCCAGGACCUGGAGGAGGUGGAGGACGAGGAGGAGGAGGAGGACGGGGAGGAGGAGGAGGAGGACGAGGAGGGGAUGGAGCCCGGGCUGGAGGAGGAGGAAGAGGUGGACCCCCGGAUCCAGGGAGAACUGGAGAAGUUAAAUCAAUCCACAGAUGAUAUCAACCGACGGGAGACUGAACUUGAGGAUGCACGGCAGAAGUUCCGCUCCGUGCUGGUGGAGGCCACAUUGAAGCUGGAUGAACUGGUGAAGAAAAUCGGCAAGGCCGUGGAGGACUCGAAGCCCUACUGGGAGGCACGAAGGGUGGCACGGCAGGCUCAGCUGGAAGCGCAAAAAGCCACGCAGGACUUCCAGAGGGCCACUGAGGUGCUCCGGGCCGCCAAGGAGACCAUCUCGCUGGCUGAGCAGCGGCUGCUGGAGGAUGACAAGCGGCAGUUCGACUCGGCCUGGCAAGAGAUGCUGAACCAUGCCACCCAGAGAGUCAUGGAGGCCGAGCAGACCAAGACACGGAGCGAGCUGGUACACAAGGAGACGGCGGCCAGAUAUAACGCGGCCAUGGGCCGCAUGCGGCAGCUGGAGAAGAAACUCAAGCGUGCCAUCAACAAAUCCAAGCCUUAUUUCGAACUCAAGGCAAAGUACUACGUGCAGCUGGAGCAACUGAAGAAGAACGUGGACGAGCUACAGGCCAAGCUGGCCUUGGCGAAAGGCGAGUACAAGACGGCCCUCAAGAACCUGGAGAUGAUCUCAGACGAGAUCCAUGAGCGCCGGCGCUCCAGUGCCAUGGGGCCUCGGGGCUGUGGCGUAGGCGCCGAGGGCAGCUUGGCCAUGGAGGGUCUCUCCGUGGGCAAGCCUGAGCCGGAUGCUGUUUCUGUGGCCUCCGAGGCUUUCGAGGAUGACGCCUGCAGCAACUUCUUGUCAGAAGAUGACUCGGAAACCCAGUCCGUGUCCAGCUUCAGCUCAGGACCCACGAGCCCCUCGGAGAUACCAGAGCAGUUCCCUGCGGCGGUCAGGCCGGGCAGCCUGGACCUGCCCAGCCCCGUGUCCCUGUCCGAGUUCGGCCUGAUGUUCCCCGUGCUGGGGCCCCGCAGCCAAUGCAGUGGGGCCUCAUCUCCGGAGUGUGAGGUCGAGCGAGGAGACCGGGCAGAGGGGGCAGAGAAUAAAAGGAGCGACAAAGCCAACAACAACAACAACCGGGGGCUCAGCAGCCGCACCGAUGGAGGCAAGAGCGAAGGCGGCGCGUCCCCGGAGGGCCAGACCUUGGAGAAGCGGAUGACGCAGCUGUCCCUGCAGUGCACCAAGGGAAGAGAGGCCAUCGCGGCCAACAGAGACGCAGUGCAGAUCGGUUGACCUCGCCGAGGCCCGAGUGCGUACCGCCCGUUUAUACGCCAAAACUGUGUGAGAACAUUGUGCCAAUAAUCAUUUUAACGUAUGCCAAAUCGUAAGCGCUGACCUCUCUCGAUUGCCCCCCACGGCGUGCGGUGACCUCGGAGGGCUGGGGAGUUUUCUCCCGGGUAGGCUGGUAGCUUUUCCCCGAGCAGAGGUGCUGCAAGGCAGGCUGUGGCCGGGGCCACGCCCUGCGUGCCCUCAGCCCCUGCCACGAGGUAUGGAAGCAAUAACUAGUUCCAACGCCAAGAACCCGGGCCAGCAAAAGGGGCUGGGAAACUGAGGCAAACUGGAGCCGGCAGCUUGCUUCUCUCUUCCCCUUCUCCUGCCCGCCCUCACCUCGUCUGGAAAUACGGAGGGGUGCGCUCCUUUCUGUGACACCCCGAGGGACCGAGAUGAAAUACUCUUGAUGGUCCAAGGGGCUUCUAAAAAGUGUAUGCUGGGAUACUCAUUAAAGGAAUUUUUCUAGGUUUCCAUGAACUGCACUUUGGGGGAUGGAACGAUGAAUGCCAGUG